AUGGCCCAAAACUCUAAUUGCUCAGAGACUGAUGACGAAGGAGUUGAAGAAGGCGAAAACAAUAUUGACGAUGAAACUGAUGACGAACAAGGAGAAGAACCUGAUGAAGAUCUUGAUUCCGACAAUGACGAUACCAAUGAACAGGAAACAACUCCCUCUUCAGCUCCAUCACCAACACCAUCUGGAAAUGAUGGUAAGGUUCCUGAAUCCGAUAAUGACAACACCCCUACAGCUUCAUCACCCACACCAUCUGGAAAUUAUGGUAAAGUUCCCGAAUCCGAUAAUGGCGAUAACAAUGAACGGGACACAACACCCCCUACAGUUCCAUCAUCAACACCAUCUGGAAAUGAUGGUAAGGUUCCUGAAUCCGAUAAUGACAACGCCCGUACAGCUCCAUCACCCACACCAUCUGGAAAUGAUGGUAAGGUUCCUGAAUCCGAUAAUGACGAUAACAAUGAACGGGACACAACACCCCCUACAGUUCCAUCAUCAACACCACCUGGAAAUGAUGAUAAGGUUCCUGAAUCUAAUAAUGACGAUAACAAUGAACGGGACACAACACCCCCUACAACUCCAUCACCCACACCAUCUGGAAAUGAUGGUCAGGUUCCUGAAUCCGAUAAUGACGAUAACAAUGAACGGGACACAACACCCCCUACAGUUCCAUCAUCAACACCACCUGGAAAUGAUGAUAAGCUUCCUGAAUCCGAUAAGGACAACACCACUACAGCUCCAUCACCCACACCAUCUGAAUAUGAUGGUAAAGUUCCCGAAUCCGAUAAUGGCGAUAACAAUGAACGGGACACAACACCCCCUUCAGCUCCAUCAUCAAUACCAUCUGGAAAUGAUGGUAAGGUUCCUGAAUCCGAUAAUGGCGCUACCACCCCAUCAUCUAAUCCGAAUGGAAAAAUUGAAAAAGAAAAAGUAAAAACUAAGAAAAGUAAAAAAGGUCAGCUGAACAAAAAAUCCCGGCGCCAGGCGAAAAGAAAUCCCGCAAAAGGACGAAUAACAACCCCCAGAGCUAGGCGAACACAAAAUGUUCCCAACAAGGCAAAUAGCAAAACCCAGAGAAAGGCGAAGAAUAAUCCUAAAAAGCAGGCGAAAAAAAAAUCCCACAAGACUAAUGCCAAGCGCCAAGUGAAAGGAAACCGUAAAGCAAGGAAACGAUAG